CCGCCUCGAGCAGAUAUAAGCGGCUGCCCCGCGGAAGAGCGCUCGGCCGGCGCCCGGGAUCCUCAGCGCUGCGGACUCCUGACCUGCCGACUGCGGACUCCCAGUCCCCGGAUCCCGGACCCAUCUUGUGGAGCCCACGCCUGGCAGACGCCGCGAUGCCUGGCCCUUGGUUGCUGCUUGCCCUGGCUUUGACCCUGAACCUGACUGGUGUUCCCGGCGGCCGUGCUCAGCCAGAGGCAGCCCAGCAGGAGGCGGUGACCGUCGCGGAGCGUCUCGGCCUGGAGGACCUCCUGCGCCAGGCGGAGCGCCUCCUUUUCCUCCGGGAAAACAUCCUGCGGCAGCAGGGGGACCAGGGUGAGCACUCUGCGUCCCAGAUCCUUCAACCUGACUGGCUCUCCAAACGCCAGCAUCCAGGCAAAAGAGAGGAGGAGGAGGAAGUGGGAGUUGAAGAGGAAAAAGAAGAAGGGGGGGCUGUGGGACCCCACAAACGGCAGCACCCUGGCCGACGGGAAGACGAGGCUUCAUGGUCAGUUGAUGCAACCCAGCACAAGCGGCAGCACCCUGGCCGGCGCUCUCACUGGCUUGGGUAUGCUGUCACCAGGCGGCAGCACCCAGGCAGACGGCUGGUGGAUCCCAAGGCUCAAAGGAGCUGGGAAGAAGGGGAGGAGGAGGAAGAGAGAAAGGAAGAGCUGAUGCCUGAGAAACGCCAACAUCCAGGCAAGAGGGCCGUGGGAGGCUCCUGUGAGCCCCAGGGAGCCUGUAGUCAAGCGGUCCUCUUGCUGGGGCUCCUGGAUGACCUGAGCAGGAGCCAGGGAGCUGAGGAAAAGCAACACAACCUUGGCCGGUGGGCGGCCUGGGUCAGGGAGCCCCCGGAGGAGUGAACCCAGUUUCCCCUGAAGUCGAGUUUGUGGUCUAAGGAUGUCUCGAGCCCUGUGUGCCUCACCCUUCAUGACCUCUGCAUUCUCUCAUUAGAUCCCUAACCAUAAGUCUGAGCCCCUCCCUCCCAGCCCCAUAUUCACAGACAUCCCAGCCCCUGGCCUUGUCUGCUUCCUUUAGGCAUGUGAGAAAAUCAGCCUAGAAGUUUAAACCUCAUAUUCUUCCACUUAGCACCACAGGCAAGGGGGCAGAUCCUAGAACCCCUUUCUCCCCCACCCCCACAGGCCUGCUCCUUCCUUAGCUCUGGCUAAGAUGGUCCUUUUGUGUCUUGCAAAGGCUCCCCAAGUGGGGCAGGGAGCCCCUGGGGAGGGCAGCCAGUGAGGGUGGGGUGGGACUGAAGCAUUGAUGUGUAAAUCCAGCUUCCAUCUCCUACCCCAUCUGACAGGAUUCUCCACAUGUAAACUUCAUCCCUAUGACCCAGUAUCUUCCCCUUUCUGGGCAUCCUUUUGUGGGUGGGUAGAGCCCUGACCCACAGCUGUGUUCUGCUGGGAAAAGCAUAUGUAGGAGACUGCCCUAUGGUGUUGCGCUUUGUGUGGCUGUGGGAUAAACAUGGAUGGGAAUAUUGAAACAUCGCCCAAGAAUUGUGGUUUGUAUAUAACCCUCUAAGCCCUUUCCCCUAAUGAUAAUAAAACCUGCAUCCAGAUAA